AUGAACCCCUCUGCGCUUAGCCGACGCGACGUUCGAGCGUUGUUACUUUACGAAUUCCUACAGCAGCGUACAGCCUCAAAAGCCGUGGAGAACAUAAACACAAUAUUUGGUCCUUCAGUGGUCUCUUACGACACAGCAAAAGUCUGGUUCAGAUCCUUCAAGAACGGUGACUUUAGCUUGGAUGACAAACCCAUUCCAGGUCGGACGGCUACGAUGAAUGUUGACGAGCUACGGAAGUUGAUUGACGAAGACCCGCGACGAAGUACUCGGCAUUUGGCAGAAGACCUUCAGUGCUCCGAACGUACUGUAGAGCGCCAUCUUCUGAGACUUGGAAAAGUGUGGAAGGGUGGUCAGUGGGUAACCCAUGACCUUACCCAAUCUGAGCUGAAGCAAUGA